AUGGAAGGGACUUGUGAGAUCAUUCCCUUGUCUGGCAAUUGCCAGAGAUGCCAGGAGUAUAGAGUCAGAUGCAGCUUUCAAUCACGUACAACAUUGAUUGAGACAUUGUACCAGAAUAUAAUGGAACUCAGAACUAAGCUGUCCUUAAAGGAAUGGGCUGUCAAGGAGCGUGAGGAAGAGUACAAUAAGUUGCUUGAGGAGUACAACAAACUCAAGGAGAGCUAUACAGAAAUAUUUGACAUUGCUUUCAAAAACAGCCCAGAUGAACAGGCUGAACAACCUGGACAAUAG